AUGUUUGAAGAAGUAGAUGACGCAUCGCGUCGUGAAAAGUGUUUCACAACCGUCGCUCAACUGCCGGCGUUCAUCGACCCAAAGCAGAUCCCGGGCAAGAGAUCGCCCUUUUCAACGAUCCAAAAUCAUGCAUUUGUACACUCAGCCGAGGUUAUCCUUCCAAAGGAGCUUUACUCACAGAUCAAGCCGUCGCUCGAGACCAAACUGGAGAAACCUCGAUAUGCACGAGUCUUUAUGACUCCUUUGGCUCUGCUUGAGCAUGAUUUCUUCAAUACAUAUAUCAAGUCAGGGAAUAUUUUGAUGAUAUCCGAAGGACGCUCGGGUUCCGAUAAUGUCUUCACACUCCAAGAUGGAGUACUUCGAAUGGAAUUAGGAAAGGAGAUCUAUGAGCGAACAGGUCUCACAGGCAAGCCUUUCCGCAGCGGCGGCAGAAAACAUGCAAAGGAAAGAUUCUUGGUAGAAUUGAACUUACGGCUACCCUCGAUGCUACAUGGCAAAAAAGGGUUCGAAAGAAUCGUCUGGGCAUUCACCAAUGUUCUGACGCAAUCAAUGGCCUGGCUCUUCCACGACCUGGAAAGCAAUCCGGGUCCAGAUGACGUAAAUAAGCCGAUCAACAAGGUUCAACCUCAGUUGAUGACUUGCGAGCCACAGGAAAUUGAUCACGAGCAAAUACUCAUUCCACCUUUUUACAACGGGGUACUGGAGGAAAUGUCGGAAGUUGAUCUCCAGGAACAUUGUGGCGCCCUGUCCGAAUGGAUUGCCAUGGUUCAAAUGGCUUCUCCGCGAGUAUCUGGGGAAGAUGACGUUGAUCCAUACCUGAGUCGUUAUGCAGUUCCAGAAGAUGAAAUCCAGGCCUCUGAGGCCUCUGAUUUGAUGAGCUUAAAAUGGCAUGGUUUGAUAUCGUCCCGGUGGAUCAUGCAGCUGUUCCUCAAUUUAUUGCAAAGUACCAAGGUCAGCAAUCUAUCUUGGUUCGCGCUUUCCGUCGCUGCUCUGGGAAAAGAGGCCGUGGAAGGAAGGGACGGAUUUACGGUUAUGGCCCUUCCUGAACAAUCCCAAAACGGCGACGGAACUGGUGGUCGGAUGACUUUAUGUUGGGAGUUGAUGGGGGCAUCAGUGACUGAACCCUGA